AUGACGUUGAAGUACCACACCCAGAUGUCUGAUGAGCUGUCAAUGCAUUUGCUCACUACGCCUCUCAUUUAUCGUCUCCUUACCUUCAAAGCUUCACCAGAAAAGACUCGACUGAUUGGUAUCAUUCUCUCGAUACUCUUCACUACCGUCAUGGUGACGCACAUGGUGAUGGAUGAAUUUAUCUUGCACGCUACCACUUUCGGUUUGGGGGUCUACAUUAUUGCUACUCGAGUAUUGAAAGUCAUUCCCCAACAGGUGAAGAACCCCGUCACCAUGAAAAAGUUUCAGAACAUUGCCACUCUUGGCCUUGGAUCUUUUGUCUUUGGUUAUGUUAUUUGGCUGAUCGAUGAAUUCGCUUGCCGUUAUCUAACCAGUGCUCGGCAUACGAUUGGUCUACCUUUUGCUUUCUUGCUCGAACUGCAUGGAUGGUGGCAUGUUUUCACCGCCAUCGGAGGGUACACUGCCGUGGCAGUCAUCGACGUUGUAACGACGGGAGAAGUGACAGAUGAUCCAACAGACACAUUUGCUUGGCCGGUCCCGCUUGCGGUAAAGCUCAUGUCUGGAAAAUCCAGCUCAUUAAAGCAAGGAUAA